AUGGGCAGCAUUGCCCUCAGAGGAAAACUUCAACUUUGGGUUGGGCAUCCCUCGUCGCGGUCGUGUUUACAACGAACUUCGGGUAACGCUGAAGUCUCCUUCGAGAAUGGCAUCCUCGAUGCCACCAGCAAUGGUGGCAGCGCUACUGCUGCGAUUUGGGACGAGAACGAGUACCAUACCGUCUUCGUGCAGGAUGGACAAGCACGCGCGCAGAGCACCAAAUGGCAGUCGAGCCCGGCCGCUCGCAGAAUCGCUGCUGGUGAAGGCGGAGACGAAGGGGCCAAGAGAUCUGGCAGCGGGCGGAAAUGGUGCUGUAUCUGGUCCUGGGUUGCAGUGAUCGUUGCGUUGAUGAUCGGUGGUGGCAUUGCGGCUGGAAUCCUACUCUCUGAACGACAGCACCAGAAACGAUCAGCGGCUGCAGCAUCAAGUAUGACCUCGCAGGGAUCGACAGCCACGAGCACCUCGGAUGGUAUCUCUCCGACAGCGACCAUUACGACCGCUACGACACCUUCCCUAGUACAGACUGGAGUCAAUGCUCGUUGUCAGCACUUCUACAGAGAUAUGAGCGGCGACACUUGUAUAGCGAUUGCAGACCAGUAUGGGAUCACGGCCGCGCAGUUUGAAGACUGGAACACAGCUCUGGGCGCUCAUGCCUCGACUUGA